UUUUUUUGUUAGAAAUAUAUUUUAUAAUCAAUUUUUAAAUAAUAAAUCUGCUAUUUUAAAUAUUCGAGAAAAUUGAUAAAACUUGAAACUAAAAUGGAUAUCAUAGAAUAAUUGGAUAUUCAACAACAAAUAGAUUUACAAUAAGUUAAAAAAGUGCUGUUUAGAAAGGCCAACUUCUAGGUAAUAAAGAUAAUAAAAGGUAAUUAAGAAAAUAUUUGUUAAGUUAUUGUUUAAGAUCAGACAACUUAAAAAUAAUACACUUUGCUAAUUUUCCCUCUUCUUAACGAUUAAGGAAAUAUAUGUCAUAGAAAAUUAGCUUAUGCUUAAUAAAGAAGCUAGAUAUUAUCAGAAAUUAAUCACCCAAAUAUCACGAAGUUUUAUGGUUCGUUUUAGUUGCAAAAUUAUUUCUUUGUGUAACUUGAGAAAUUUGAAUAGACUGCAUUUAUCUGGUGUGAAUAGUACCAACAAUUUUUGUUUUACAAAAUAUUAGUUUCAAAUGUAGCUCUACAAAUAUUAAGUGUAUUUAAAUAUUUGGAUAGCUAAAAUCUAAGUGUUGAAUUGCUUUCUGAUCAAACAGUAUUUAUAAAUGACAUCCAUUAAAUAAAAAUAUGGAAUAUUAAAAAAAAAAAUGAAAAUUAAAAUAAUUAGGUUCAGUUGACUACACAAAAUUAAAUAUAAUAAAAUUAAUAAUUAUUUUAGAGCAAUAUUUUUGAAUUCAGUAAAUUCAUCUAAACUAUUUUGGAAAAAUAAGAAUAUUUAGAUUAUUAUGAGCCUUUUACUUAGCAUAAAUAUUAAAUUAAUUUAAUUUAAAAUAUAAAAGAAAAAUCAAUCAACUCAUAGAAUCAAAUUGAAAAGUUAAUAGCCUAAUACAACUUAAUCCUUUAAAAAUAAUUAAAAAAAUUAGAUGAAAAUUAAAUUCAUAAAGUAGUCUAAUUUUUUUUUAAAAAUAAAUACCCCCUUUUAACAUAAAAUGUAGAUUUUCUAAAAGAUAUUUUAAUUGUUUGCAAUUUAAAAAUCAAUUACAAAAUUAAAUAUGUUUAUUUAGUUUGCUAAAUGUUAAUUGAUCAAGAGAAAUUCUAAGAUGCUCUUUAAUAUAUUCAUCUCAUUUUUGAUAUUAAUAAGAGUAUUUAUGAUUUAGAUUUAGAGUCCUUCUAGAAUUCAAUACAAAAUGGGAUUUAAAAUAGAAAGAAAUAUGAAAAAUAUGUCAAACUUUUCCUAAAUUUGUUUAAGUUUUAGCUUUCUGGAUAUCAACAUAUUGAAGAUUCUUAUAUUUAACAAGAUAAAUAAAAAAGAAAAAUAAAUUAAAAUUAAAUUUAAAGAUAAAAUAGCUACUAAUUGACUUUGGAUAAAAUUAAUAUCUUUAAAAUAAUUACUGAUGAUGGAUAAUCUUUCUAGUAAAACAUAUGUGAAUUAUAUAAUUCUUUGUCAUAAUAAUAUUUAUCACUUAGUUCUCUAAAAUAAGCAAUAUUUUUUUAAAAGAAGUCUGUGCUAUUAAAUAAAUAAAAUGAAUAAUUUAGAAAAUAUUUGGCUGAAUUAUAUAAUUAAAAUUUUGAUUUUAAAAGCUAAAUAAAGUGUUUACAACUUUGCUUUAAAGCUUCUUAGGACACCAAUAUUUUAAAUAAUAUCACAGAUUCAUUAAUAAAAUUAAAUUUAUUUGAGAUGGCUAAAUAGAUUUGUCUUUUCUAAAUUUCGUAAGAUUAAAAGAAUGAUAAUGCUCUCAUUAAACUAGGAAUUAUAUAUUUAGAGCUUAAAAAUCUACAAAAGGCAAAGACAGCAUUUUAAAAAUGUAUUAAUAUUAAUUAAUCAAACUUCGAUGCAUACCUUUACCUAUCAUUUUAUUUCUUCCAAAAACAGCACUACUUUAGAUCAAUUUAAAAUAUAUUAAAGUUUUCUUCAGAUUAAAAGAAACGUUGUCAAAAAAGAAAUAUUAUAAAAAUGAAUCAUGCAAUUAUUUCUAAAAAGUUAAAGGAAACAUAUAAUAUAUAUUAAUCUGAAAUCAUGAUAUACAGAAAGAAUUCUUAUACUCAAGGUGGCUACUUAUACUUAUAUCCAAAGGAUAAUAAGUAUGAUACAAGCGAAAAUAUCCACAACGAAAUUUACAUAAGAGGAAUCUAUAAUUCACCAAGAGAAAUUGAAAGUGAUUAAAGUAUAGAAGAAGAAGAUGAAUAUAGUGAUUCAGUAGAUGAUCAUUACGAUGACCACAAAAGCGAAAUAGAUUGUUCUUCUGAAUAAAGAUUAUAAAUUUAAAGUGAGUAGUUAUCAAAUUAAACGAUUUAAAAAGAAAUUUAAAUAAACUUUGAUAAUGAAAAUAAAUAAAAGUAAGGAGAUGAAUAUGAAACUAAAUCUACUGAAAAUAAUUAGGUUAAAACAAAUACUGAUAUCAAAUUUAAUGAUUGCAUUAUGAUGAUGUCUACAUCUAUAAAAGACCAAUAAUAAUAAUAAUAAUAAGAUGAAAAUAAAUAAUUAACAUAAAAUUUAAAUAAUACUUUAAAUAAAUAAUCUAUUGAAGAAAAUUAAAAUCUAGAAAACGAUUAGUCAGGUCGAUUUUAAUAGAUGUAAAAAUAAAAGAUAAGUUAGGAAAAUGAAUAAUUAGACACUCCAGAUUAAAAGAAUAACUAAAAUUUAAUAAUUGAAUCUGAAAGAUUUUAAGAUUAGAUGUUAAAUAUUGAGAGUUAGUAAAUUUAUUAAGAUAAAAAAGUCUCUGCAGUAAGCAAAGCAGAAAAUUAGUAAAGCAAAUAUUAUGUAUAAAGUAAAGAAGAGAAAAUUUCUUCUAAUUCUAUUUAAAAUGAUGAAAAUUAAUCAAAUUAAUAAGAAAUGAAAGUUGAUGAAGUUAACUAGAAUUAGAUAACUGAAACAGUUUAAAAUGUUUUAGAAGAUAAUAACCAUUAAAGUGGAUAUUAUUAGAGUAUUUUAAAUUUAAAUAAUUAUGAAUAGCAAUAAACUUUAGAUAGCUACACUAGUAUUGCUGCUUAACAAUAGUAUGAUGAUGAAAUUCAAGAUUAUGAUUACUGUAUAAAAAACUCUUGCAAUUUAGAAAAUUAGCUCUUUAAAGAUCUCGAUAUUCAUAAUUUAUAUAGUUUAUAAUCUAAAGAGGGUGAUUAAUCUUCUGAAUCUACAAGUAAUUGUAAGAUACAUGUAAAUGAAUUAGAAAAAGUUUUUUGA